AUGGAGAGCCUUCAGCUGCUCACCGCGCUGUCUCUUAACGGGAAGUAUCUGAGAGGGGAAGUGCCGCCGGCCCUGGGUCAGCUCACCAACCUCGUGCAUCUGUCCAUCAAGGGCAGCGAUCUCUUUGGCAGUCUCCCUGAGGAGCUCAGCUCUCUCACGCGCCUCAUCCACCUUGCCAUCGGCUCCAAGCCAUCUUUCAGCCAGCUCACCAACAUUCGAGGACCCCUCCCCGUCGCCUACUCAGCCCUCGUGGCCCUACAGUAUCUGUCCAUGCCCAGCAACCUGCUCUCUCAGCGCAUCCCCACGGCUGUUGCCAGCCUGCCCCAUCUGGACUAUGUGAACCUUGCCAACAAUGCGCUCUCCGGUGAAAUACCCGCAUUCUCAGACACAGUCGACCUCCUACACGUGCCCCGGAACCUUCACAUAGGCAACCUCCCCCGCCUCCCCCUCCUCGUCACCUCCCUCUCCGUAGCCAACAACUUUCUCACGGGGCCCCUUCCGAACCUCAGCAUGCAAAAGUGGCUGGGCGAGCUACCCGAGGAGCGCCGGUCGCAGAUUUUCAGCGGCGUCGCGGGAGCCGGUGCAGGCGCCAUAGCCGCCACGUUCGUCGCGCCGCUCGAUGUCGUCAAGACGCGGCUCCAAGUGCAGUCAAUCCCGCGCCCCCAGCCACAACCGGCUGCCGGCAGCUCUACAGGCCAAACAGCCGGCAGCCUAACGGCCGCCGCCCAACUGAACCAACACUCCAACCCUACCCCAGCGCAACCUUCUAACCGCGCAAGCGGUAACCCUGGCGCUUCCGCUUCCGCUUCUGCCUCCCCCUCCCCGCACGCGCAAGCGACGGUUCCCCCCUGCAGUUCCGCCAAUCCCGCCUCCCCCUCUCCGCAGACAGGAACCCCGCGCUCCGCCGCCGCAGCUGUCCCCGUUAUGAGCAGCCUCGCUGCAAGAAACGGGCUGUCCAUCGCGCGCGCCGGGAUAGGCAGGCAAGCGGGCGCGGGGCACGAAGCCUCCGCCUGCGCCACGUCCGGGGGGCCGCAUUCCCGCCCGCCUGGCUCCCCGCACUCCCCGGGGCCUCCGCUUCCCCCCCGGGGAAAUGCAGCGGGGAGCGGGGCGGGCGCAGCAGGGGUGCAUGCGCGCGCGGGGAGAGCGGGGGCCGCGAAGGCGGGGGUGAUUGCGACGACCCUGCGCGCCAUCUGGCGGGAGGAGGGCAUCCGCGGACUGUACAGGGGGCUCUGCCCCUCCGUGGUUGCGCUACUUCCGAACUGGGCGGUGUACUUUUCAGUGUACGACCAUCUCAAGAAGAUGCUCAGUGCACCCGACUCCCAUUUCCCCGGCAGCAACAGCGCAGGGAGGGUAUGCACAGGGGACGGGUGCAUGGGGGAGGGCUGCACUGGUAGUACCAGCAGCACGGGUGCUAGCACCUCUGGUGUGAGGUUUACGGGGGUGUCCUGCACAGGGGACUGCACUGGAGUCCCCUUCCCCUCCUCCUCCUCUUCCCCUCCGCCGCUGCUCACCAGCGUUACUGCAGCAGCGGGCGCCGGUGCUGCCACAGCCAUUCUCACCAACCCGCUCUGGGUCGUGAAAACGCGCCUGCAGACCCAGGGCCUGCGCCCCCACCGCCUGCCAUACAAGGGAACGGUAUCGGCACUGGUGCGCAUCUUCCGAGAGGAGGGCGUGGCCGGGCUGUACAGUGGGGUGGUACCAGCACUAGCAGGAGUGAGCCACGUGGCCAUACAGUUCCCUCUCUACGAGCACCUCAAGCAGACCAUGGCGGAGAGAGCAAACACGAGCAUCGAUAAGCUAUCACUCAUCGACCUCGCUCUGGCGUCCGCGGUCUCGAAAGUUGUGGCUUCCACCCUCACGUACCCCCAUGAGGUGUCUGAAGAAAUUCAAAAAGCGUUUGCAACCUUCCAGCCGUCAUCCAGCUCUAAGCCGCCACUACGCAGUCUUGAAGCUCCUAAACGACUACCAGCCAAUGGCGUCAAGCGUGACUUGAGGCUGCAAUUCCGCAACAAGUUGGCACUACCUUUGUUCACUGGAGGAAAGGUGGAGGGCGAAGGGAGUGAGCCAAUCCGAGUGUUUCUCCAGGAUGGAGAUACAGGUUCUGUGGUUACCACAGGACCAGAGGCCAAUUUGAAGCUUGAAGUUGUGGUGCUUGAAGGAGAUUUCAGCAGAGAUGAUGAAGAUGAUUGGUUACCUGGGGAAUUCGACCAAUUUUUGGUGAAAGAAAGAGAUGGCAAGAGGCCCCUUUUAACCGGCGAGACAUUUGUGGUGUUGAAGGACGGGCUUGGGGUCAUGGGCGAGAUCACGUUCACAGACAACUCCAGUUGGAUCAGGAGUCGCAAGUUCAGGCUGGGAGUGAGAGUGUCGCCAGGGCAGAUCGGGGAGAGCAGGGUACGAGAAGGGAAGACAGAGGCGUUCACCGUGAAGGAUCACCGUGGAGAAUUGUACAAGAAGCACUACCCACCUGCUUUGACAGACGAAGUGUGGCGAUUGGAUCGCAUAGGCAAAGACGGCGCCUUCCAUAAGCGCCUGAAUCAGGCUGGAAUCUUCACAGUAGAGGACUUCCUACGGCUUGUUGUCAUGGACCCACAAAAACUACGAAAUAUUCUUGGUUCAGGCAUGUCAAACAAGAUGUGGGAGAACACGGUGGAGCAUGCAAAGACAUGUGUGCUGAACGGCAAGCUCCAUGUUUACUAUGCGGAUGACAAGCAGAACAUUGGCGUCAUCUUCAACAACAUCUUCCAGCUCAUGGGCCUCAUUGCCGACAGCCAGUACAUGUCUGUGGAUCUUCUCUCUGAGAGUGAAAAGAUUUACGUGGAUAAGCUGGUGAAGGUCGCGUACGAGAACUGGGAGAAUGUUGUGGAGUAUGAUGGGGAGGCUCUUAUAGGGGUCAAGCCAAACGGGCUAACAACUCUUGAUGCCACGACUGAUGACCCUGGUGCAACACAAAGAAGUUACUCCUCUGGCCAGUACACAUGA